AGAAAUCAUCAACAAGUUGUAAUAUUAGAUCUAGAUCUAGACCAAAAUUUUUGAAGAAUUGUUUUAGUAGAGAACUCUUCUGAAAUGAAGUUUAAUGGUAGAUGUUAAUAGAAAUCUAAAACAGAAAAAGAUCUAAUUUUCCUAGAAUCGGCACUCUGUUAUAAGUCUUCUAUGAAGACACCAAGCGCCUAACCCAGUUUCAUGAACACCUUACCAUGUUGACCAUGGCGUAUCACCUCUUCUCUGCAGUAGCCAUAACCUUACACCUGUUAGUUUAUAGGAACUGGGCCGGCUUUGUCCUUCCGCCCCUGGGAGACAGGCAGUAUGUCCAGGAGGGGGACUUGUACAUCGGGGGCAUCUUCUCAAUGACCGCCUUCGACCCAGUCAAACCUUGCGGACAAUUUGUGGACACUUUCAACGCGAUUGAAACUGUUGAGACCAUGGCCUUCAUGGUAAAUGAACUGAACAAGCGCCUACCUAUUCAGCUCGGAUUUGUUGUGAUUGACACUUGCAGUAAAGAAAGUGUGGCAGCAGUUCAGGCUCUUCGUUUCUUGCCUCUUUCUGAUACGGAAAGCGACAACACUUCAGCUACCCCAGAACCUCUAACUUUCUACGAUGUUAUUGGUGUUGUCGGCACUGAUCAAAGUUUUACCACUAAGGCAGUCUCCAGAAUAUUGAAUGCAGCCAACAUUCCAAUCAUCAGCUUCUGGGCUACAGACAUAGCUCUAGCUGACAAAACUCUCUACCCUAAUUUUCAACGAGUGAUAUGGUCUGACGAGGAACUUAUAGAAGCCAUCGUGCAGUUCCUGUUGAGCAACCACUUCUAUUAUUUCACCAUCAUGUAUGAAAAUGAAUACUCCUUAAGAAAAGUCUUUGAAAGAAUCUUGACAGAGUAUGGCGCGGACCGGAUAUGCCAUCCCGAGGAGGUCAAGGUCACGGACACGGACGACAUCGAAGACAUUAUUCGUCAUCUUAUGAUCGACAAGUUGAGGCCACAUGUCGUGGUUGUCCUUGCUCACACCAAAGUAAGCGGAAUGAUCGCCGACGCUGUCAUAAGAACACAGACAGAGCACAAACUCCUUUGGGUAGGGGGCGACGCUUGGAUGAGAGCAUUAUUCCACAAAGGCGGACCACGGGGUUCAGUUGGCCUUUCUUUCUACCGGACAAGGCUGGUAAAUUUGGAAAACUACUUUCGAACGUUGAACGCCUCAAAUAAAAAUCCUUGGUUCUUGGAAGCCGCAGUCACGAAAUUUAGCUGCGGCGAAUUAAACAGGGCGUCUUGCGUCAAUGAAAACAUGAGAAAUUAUCAACUGUUUGAGUUGGGUCUGCUGUAUGUCCUUAAGGCUGUGUUGGUAUACGGGACUGCUCUUUCAGACUUCUUCCGAGCCUACUGCAAAAAUGGUAGUUCCAAAGAAAAUCUGCUCAUUUGUUUUAAGAGGAAUGUCGAAUGGUUUCCUAAUUUCCUUAAAGACGCGCCUAUAAACUGGGACCUAGUACCUGACUUAAAUGUAGCUGAUGAUGAUAUUAAUACUAACGAUGGUUGGCGUUUUUCGGUUUACCAGUCCUUGGGAAUUCCCCACGAUAUCCACCGAAUACAGGAUAUAGUUUUAAAUAGCCACGCUCCUAUACAAGUCAACUCUCUAAAUACUAGCUUUUUUUCCUUUGAUGUCAAUAAGCUGAUCGCAACGGAUUACUGUAUGCCGGUAUGUCGGUUCGGAGAGUACCGCUUCCAUAUAAGCCAGUGCUGUUGGAUAUGCAAGCCUUGCCGAGCCAAUGAGAUAGUCAGCAAUGCUGCCACUAGCUGCAAGCAAUGCCCAAUCCUGCACUGGCCGAGCGAAAGGUCGGACGGCACAGGCAGCUGCGACUUCAUCGAGCCUCACCAUCUGGACAAUAACAUCUACCUACGCAUCGUCUUUCUCUCCAUCGCGAUACUUGGAUUCAUGACAAAAGUGGGAACACUGUGGUGGUACAGCCGGAACAAAGAGAAUGGGAUUGUGAAGGCGUCCAGCAUCGAACUCAGUUGCGUGCAGCUUCUGUUUUUGGGUUGUGGCUACCUGUCCAUUCCUGUGUUUCUGACACAGCCAACAGACUUCUCUUGUAGCUUUGGAUUUCUACUAUACAACUUAAGUUUUAUUGUGACCUAUGCACUCGUUUUGUUCAAAGCCGUACGAGUCUAUAGAAUUUUCACUCAUUACAAGAAAAACCUAAAAGUGUCUUAUAUAAGUCCUGUGUUUCAAAUCACAGCUUGCUUUGGUUUCGUUCUCUUUGAGGUGCUACGAUUUUAUAUUUUUAAUUGGAUCAAUCCAGUCAGAAGCGAAGUGCAUCAGCCAGAUCCGCUGAUCCCUUUCACGGAACGGGCUUGUGUGGUACCUAAUGCUAUAAUGUUCAUCUUCAUUAUCAUCACCUUCGUCGUUCUCCUCAUGUGCACCGUCCUGGCUUUCAAGACGCAGACGCUGCCGAACAAGUUCAGAGAGAGUAGGUACGUCAGUCUGUGCGUGGUCACGACCUUGCUCAUCCUGUCGGCCUUCACCCCAGCCUACUUCACCAUCGUCUACAGGGAGGUGCGCAUGCUGCUGCUGCUGGCUGGCGUCGUCAUCAACCACUCGUUCACUUUCUUCUUCCUCUUCGUCACCAGGAUUAUUGCCGUGGAGCAGAUGAAGCGGGCCAGGAGGCAAAUAGCGAAGGCAACGCCGUACCAGCGGUUCCACAGAACGUCAAAGCUCGGACCCGACGGAAAUGCGAUGGAAACCGCCUUGGACUAAAUCUGAAACUUCAUCCAUUUUCUGCUCUUCCUUUAAAUUUUUUUUUUAUCUCUGCGAGAUAAAAAGUUUGAUCUCUCUUUCUCUCUCUCUCUCUCUCUUUAUAUGGCCGUUUGAGAUUUUAUUUGUUCACUGAUGCUUUAAUCACGACCCUCAGGCAGUAUAUCAGACAAGCGUUGCUAACCCACCCGCUGAAAGUGCGCCCACAAUGUAGACAAUGCAUACAGCAGAGACGCAGAGACACAAUAUUUUUUGAUGUGUUUUGUAUAGUACAUAUUUCAGGCUUGUAGCAAGCUCAGUGAAUUCUGUUCCAACCUCUUUUGGUGGCCAGUGGUAGGAGGCAUCAAUAGAAGAAUGUUUCUGAAGUGCAGAUAGGCGCUCAUUAAACACAGCUCGUUUGUUAUACACUUAAUUUAACAUUAUUUCCAUAUUGCAUCACUCACUUAUGUAACAUUAUUUCCAUAUUGCAUCACUCACUUAUGUAACAUUAUUUCCAUAUUGCAUCACUCACUUAUAUAAAAUUAUUUUCAUAUUGCGUCACUCACUUAUGUAACAUUAUUAUAUUGUACCGUACACGUGUGUAAUAUCACACACUCAAUGUUACAUCCUACACUUUAUGUUACAUCCUACACUUCCUGUUACAUCAUAACUUAAGGUUACAUCCUACACUUCCUGUUACAUCCUACACUUCCUGUUACAUCCUACACUUCCUGUUACAUCCAACACUUCAUGUUACAUCAUAACUUAAGGUUACAUCCUACACUUCAUGUUACAUCCUACACUUCCUGUUACAUCCUACACUUCCUGUUACAUCCUACACUUCAUGUUACAUCCUACACUUCCUGUUACAUCCUACACUUCCUGUUACAUCCUACACUUCAUGUUACAUCCUACACUUCCUGUUACAUCCUACACUUCCUGUUACAUCCUACACUUCAUGUUACAUCCUACACUUCAUGUUACAUCCUACACUUCCUGUUACAUCCUACACUUCAUGUUACAUCCUACACUUCCUGUUACAUCCUACACUUCAUGUUACAUCCUACACUUCCUGUUACAUCCUACAGAUAUCUCAUGACUUUAACUUAUCCUUUUUCCAUUAGCCAGUAUUGACUUUUCCAGGUAGAAACAAGGUCACGUGGCUCACACUUUGUCUAUUCUUUUUUUUUAUUAUUAUUUUAUUAAAAAGCUUUUUUUAUAGCGCAUCUUUCACGCUUAGGUAAUGCUCAGAGCGCUAUGGUCCAUUCUCAUUUGUGGACCAGUGGGGGGAGAAGCUAUCUUGGAGAAGGUUUACCGUGCUGCCUUUAGUCGCCACCAGUCCACUUGGUGGGUAGCCAAGCCAAGUUCAAGCGUAUUUUGACUCUCGGUCACACAUCCCCUGACCUUAUUGACUAGACCAAGAAAAUUUGCAUUUCCAUUUUUUGUUUUUUUAGAUUCUUAAAUGAAACUAUAAUUAUUUGUUUGUAAAUUUUUUUCAUUGGUACCUUUGAUUGUCUAACUAUUUUUAAAUUAAUGCUCUUGAAAUACAUAUUU